UAUGAAAUCCAACAAUGUCAUGGUUAACCAGUUAGUGAGUUCGCGUGGAAAGCCUCUUAUACAUAUUCAAUGAAACGAUAUUUUAGCCAAAUCCAUUCUUGCUGUUGUCAUCACUGUUUCAUAAUGUGUACGAUGAGAUCUGAGAACAAAAAUGACAAGCUCAACGAAGUUCUUGGCCUGUUACUUCUGACUGAUUAUUCCAUCGCUUCAACAACAUGCCUCGAUAUAUUACUCUCACACAUCGAAAAGAAUAUUUCGAGCAGAGGUUGCAUCGGCGGUGAUGUUGACAAGUCCAUUUUGCAAAAAUGGGUUUCGAAAGCAAUGCAUGCUUGGGCAGUCGACAAGAAACCUUGCCAGGCUGUGACGAUAUUCACCAUAAAAUUGGUCGGGAUUCUUGGUCGCAAUGAAGUCGACUUUCUCUACUGGUACCACAAAGAUAUACUGAAUAAAUUAUGCGCAAUCUUUGCUCUGAAAGAUUUCCACGUCGAUUUCUCCGUUAAAAUGGCUUACACCAAGAUGCUACUUGAAUUCGUUAACCACACAAGCGGACGGCAAUGGAUCAUCGAGACUGAGGCGUGGAUACAAGUAGCAACAUUUUGCCACUCGAAUCGGAUGCUGUACGUUACAAGAGAGAGUCGAAAAUUCAUAUGUAAAUUAUUGAUGUUCGAAUCUGGAAACACCGUAUUUUGCGGACGAGUCAUUUCUGUGGCUGCCGAACCUUUUAUCAAGAAUAACUUCGGCCCUCAGUCUCAACAAAAUCUUGAAGAAAAUGAGGCAUUUCUUAGUGCAAUAGACGUCCUAACCGUCAUAAUGGAAAACACACUAUUUUUGAGUAUGGACAACGCGAUACCACGGCUCCUGGAUUCGGUGACAAAUCUCAAAUCCAAGAUAAUGGGUUUGUUCGAAACCUGCACAAGCAUAAAAUUCCACUCACACAUUAUGAAGCUGGUAUAUCUACUGCCCUUCAUGAAACUCAAAGAGGGAAUUAAUGAGUCCGAUGGAGUCGUGGACUCUGAAGCAUGGGAGGUUUUUGGAGUGAAUUUACAAUUCAUAGACUCAGUACUACUGGCAAGAAAACACAUUUUGGGCGUGGCAAACGGCGGAAAGUUGCUUUUAACGUACUUCAAAAAAGUGAAUCGAUUGUGUGAUAUAAAAAUGCCAAGUAAUUACCAAAUUGAAAGUCACGCUGUAGUUUCACUGAUGUGCCUGUUGGACGUAUUUGUGCGUGUACCGGAAAUUCCUGAAGACGAAUUCGAAAUCUUUGUGCACAAAUUUUUCAGCAUCACAAGCACUUAUACACAAAGAUUCUGCUACAUGGUACGCGAUACAUUGCUGAGGGAAGAAUUUCCGACAGAAUUAAUGGCCAAAACAUCUAUUCAAAUAAUACUAGACACAUUGGACGUCAUGGACAGGGAGGGCGUGACAAUUAUAUUUCAGUUAAUGUCACACCUGUUGAAGCAAUAUGCAAGCGCUAAAAAUAAAGAAGCAGGUUGUCCACAUAAUUUUACAGCCAGUAAACAUGAAAAUGCGGUUGAAAAUCAUAAGGUGCCGAGAUUGAAGGGGAUUCUUAAUGGCGAUCCGAUCAUUAAGUUCCCAGAGCUUUUGUCUGCUCUUCUUCACGCUCUUGCAACAAUUUUACGUAAAUAUAAAUUUAAGUGGCGAGAGUGCUUGGAAACUAUAAGUAUUCUUUCAUCCGCUCAAGCUAUCCUGAAUCAUCCGAAUGCUGCUCCGAAGGUGUGUAUCCAAGCGCUUUCGCUCUGCAGAAUGGGAAUUGAAAAUUUCAUGGCACCAAAUUUGGUACUGUUAAUGAAAUUGGACAGGCAGUCAGAUGAAAUGGGACUAGUACUGUGCAAACGACUACACGAUGCGGAAUGGCAAGUCAGAAACAGCGUUUUGCAAGUGAUCAAUACAAUUGCGAAAAUAUCUGAAGACAAAUAUCCAGCUUUUCAAGAUUUACUUCUUGCUAAUCAGUUUCCACAGCUGAUCGUUGACAUCGUUACUACCGACGAAAUUGGUUACGUAAGAGCAACAGCGGUAAAAUGCCUCUCGACUUUUGUGCGACUAGACAAGAUAUGGGCUGAAAAAUUGUAUCAUCUUGAUUUAACGAACGUGGCUGUAAAUUUGAUAGCCAAUGAAACGGAGGCGAUAGUAAGAAGAGAAGCUGUUAUACUUGUCAAGGAGUUGUACGUCUAUAGAAAAUGCUUAGAAUCAACAUUAGACAAAAUCACAAACGCCAUGUCCGCAGCCGCCAUUCUAGAUCUUCACUGGGAAGUUAGAGUAAAUGCGCUUGAUUUCUGGUCACAAUUUAUAAAGUCACGCCUUAGUGACCAGGGGAUGCUAGAUGGAACUUUUCCAACUUACACGUUUUCGAAGGAACAUAGAAGAAUAGUUUCACUCGAUGAGGACGAGAUCAAAAAACGGAUCAUUAAAGUUCUUGACGAAUUAGCAAGCCGAAAUUGUCUCGGCGUACUUCUGGCCACGUUGGAAAAUGACAGUAAUUUCCAAGUAUGCAAAGCUUCCGGGAAAAUUUUGAAGAUGCUUAAGCAAAUAUUCGUCGUUUACAAAAUAAGACCGUCCUGCAACACAAAAGAUGGUACUUUUCUCGUGGCUCCAGGCAGAAAUUUGAAUAGCGACAUUUUAUCACCUGAGAAAAAUCAGGAAAGAUUAUGUAUCCGAAACGAGACCGGAGAGAUUGACUAUCAGCUCGCGAUACCAGCAAAAAUUAUCGACUUCACAGCAGAUUCUGAUCACAUGAAUCGUCUGGGUUCACUUUACAAACGUAAUUCAUUUAUGAGCAUGAACGCACAGUCAUCGAAAAGUAAAAAGAUCGAGUACGUCUCCAACGUUGAUAGGAAUCAAUUCAUUCGUAUGGUUUUCAACUAUAACAUAGACGAUUACCUAGAAGAAAAGAAUCCAUGGUUGAAAACUCACACCAACUGUUUCAGAUCUAUUAUCAAUGAUAUUAUCGUUGCUCAUCAGAGGCAUAAGGUUAACCAUAUGGAGUAUUGUUAACAUAUCUGGUUAAAAAACAGAAAGAUCUACUUUGUCUCAUACGAAUGUCAUGAACCCAAUUAUUUAAUUUUUUAAAAUACAAUUUUUAUUCCUACUUGUAAAAACUAACAUGUGAAACAUACGUUUCGGGCCGAAAGAAAAUUA